ACAUACCAUUUUUUUCCAAUCGGUCAGUUGUAAUCGAUUAUACGAAUUACGAUUAACGAUUUAAAAAUGAAUUUAACAAUUUUCAGAUCAAGUCAUUAUUUACUGCAACGAUUAAUUCAUCAGAAUCAUGGUUCAACAAUAAAAAUUCUCGGAUUUAAUCGAUAUUUUACGACCCUAUCAUCAAACAAUCGAUCAAUGAUUUUUCGAAUCAAAUUCAAUUCAAAUCAUUCUUCCAAAACAAUACUAUGGUUAUCAACCGAAAAAUCUGGACAAACUAAACGUGCUUAUUUCACAUGGAAAUCAUUUAUCAUAUCUGGAGUACUAGUUUCAGUAUUUGCCGGUUUUAUGAUACAGAUGAAAAAUGAAAAACUUAAACAAAUGGAAAGACAACGUAAAAAAGCAUUAGGUGAAGUGGCUGUUGGUGGUCAAUUUGAUCUUAUCGAUCAGGAUGGAAAACCAUAUUCAUCAUCAAAUCUUGAAGGACGUUGGGCAAUGAUUUAUUUUGGUUUUACUCAUUGUCCAGAUGUAUGUCCCGAUGAAUUGGAAAAAAUUGUUAAAGCUGUUGAAUUGAUCGAACAGGAUAAACGUUCAGAUCCAAUACAACCGGUAUUUAUAACUGUUGAUCCAGAACGUGAUUCUGUUCAAGCUGUACGGGAAUAUAUUCGUGAAUUUUCACCAAAAUUUAUUGGUCUUACCGGUAACAAAGAACAAAUAAAUAAAGCAACACGUGCAUAUCGUGUAUAUUAUUCAGCUGGACCACGUGAUCAUGAAAAUGAUUAUAUUGUUGAUCAUACAAUUAUUACCUAUUUGAUUAAUCCGGAUGGUGAACUAGUCGAUUAUUAUGGUCAAACAAAAACGGCCGAAGAAGUAGCAAAAGGUGUAUUGAAAGCGAUGAAAACUUAUCGUGAUUUAAAUCGAAAAUUAGGAUUUUUGUGAAUGAAAAAUUUGAAAAAUCAUUUUUCGUUUUAUUAAAAAUUAUAUAAUGAGAUAAAUGAAAAAAUAAAUUUUGUUAAUUAAAU